AUGUCAACUAAAUAAGAAUCAAUAGCAACAUUCUAUUCACCUAAAUUUGAAUAAUAAUGUUAUCUAUGUCAACAUGGAUUACAUGGUACUGAAUAAUAGUCAUAAUCUCAUGGAGUAAUUGUAGGAGAGCCUGUUGGUAAUAAAUUCAUAAUAAAUUUAAAUGUAGUUGUUUAUUAAACUCCUGAAGUAAUUGUUUCUUAAACCGUUGGAUAACCUAUACCAGUAAAAAGAGGAAUCAAUCAAAUUAAUCACACAACUCCAUAAAGAGAGACCUCAUAACCUAAAUAAAUUCAACCGAGUCCAAGACUAAUAUAAACUUAAUAAACUUAAGUUAAUUAACUUAAACCAAUAGAAUAUGAAACAAAAUCAACUUAAUAAAUUCCUAUAGAACCAAAAAUAACUCAUCAAACAGAAUUAAAAAACUCAUAAUAAAUUUCAACCUUUUAUUCUGGAAAAUAUGAAGAGUAAUGCUAUUUAUGUUAACAUGGUUUGCAUGGUAAAGAAGUUGGUAUUUCUGUAUAAAAUAAUGGUAAGUUUAUUUUCUAAUUUCUUAGUUGUCUUAUAAACACCAGAAGUAAUAGUUUCUUAAACUAUUGGUUAACCUUUGACUACAAAAAAUACUACAACAGUCUAAAAUUUCUCAUAGAUUAUUAACACUCCACCUAGAAAUGAAUUAAUCUAUUCUCAAUAAAUUUAGUAAUCCCCUAUUUAAAAAAUACAACUGAAUGUACCACAAACUUAAUAAAUUAUUUCAACAAAUACAUAACAAUUAUAAUAAUCACCUGUAUAAAAUAUACAAAUCAAUUAAUAACAAACUCAAGUUGUUCCUUAAGUUUUAUCAUAAAAUUAUAAUAUAUAAUAAAUACCGCAAACAUAAAAUUAUGUUGCUUAAUAUAUACCACAAGUGCAAGUGUAAAAUGUUUAGGUAACUUCUGUCCCUUAAUAAAUGAAAUCAGAAACUAUCACAACGAUUGAUUAAUAAAAAUCCACCAAAGAAUAAGUUGAAAUGUAUUGGAGAUAUAAAAUUUAUGAACUUUAGGAAAGAGUUUAUGAAUUAAUGAAUUAAAUUAGUCUUCAAAAAUAAGGAAGUUAAUCACAUUAACGAACUGGAUCAUAACUUAAAAAAAACACUGAAGAUACAUUCAAAGUAAUAUUUAAUAAAUACUAUCUUAGAUUGAAUAAGCUAAACAAGAAAUUGUGUAAUUAGAAACUUAAUUAAAAGUUAAAUAAAAAACAAGUACAGAUUUAAGAAACAAACUCAAUAUGAUGAUAUAUAAGUAAGAUCCUACUGAUGAAGCAACUAAAUAUAAAGAAUAAGAACUCUAGCAAUUAAGACAAAAAUAUAACACUUUAAAUUUUAAACAUCAAAGCAAUGUAGAAGAUAUUGCAAUGACUUAAGCAAUCAUUGAAGCAGUUAAAAGUGGAAAGGGUUAUAAGUUAGUAUCUGUAAGAGAACAAUAAUAAACAUCAUCAUAUAAUUAAUCUUACAAAGGGUAGCAGUAAUAUAAUUAGGUAUAAUGA